AUAUACUACUUGUCUCUUUGUUUAUUUCUCCUCCGCUACCUCUAUUCUGGUCUGUGGCGUUUGCAUGCCUCAAUUCAUUGCCUUUGGGUUUGCAAAUGAGGAAGCCUUGUUGUGAAAAGAAAGACACAAACAAAGGAGCUUGGUCUAAAUUAGAAGACCAGAAGCUCACGGAUUACAUUCUAAAACAUGGUGAAGGUUGCUGGCGCUCUCUUCCUCAGGCUGCCGGGCUGCUUCGUUGUGGUAAAAGUUGUCGACUGAGAUGGGUAAACUACCUGCGGCCUGACCUUAAACGAGGCAAAUUUGGUGAAGAUGAAGAGGACCUUAUUAUCAAACUCCAUGCUCUCCUUGGAAAUAGGUGGUCAUUAAUAGCAGGAAGAUUGCCAGGUAGGACCGACAACGAAGUGAAGAAUCACUGGAAUAUUCACUUAAAAAAGAAACUUUUGAUGAUGGGAAUUGACCCAAACAAUCGUCGUUCGCUUCUCUCUCCUACGUUAACCAAAUCCAAUGCAUCCAACGACUCCAGUUCUGCAUGCCAACCCUUUAAUCCUGCAACUGCUUCGGAGGCUAUCAGCUGUACUUGUUUACCCGACCUCAAUCUCAAUCUUACCAUCGCCCCUCCCCUUUCCCAUCAAAACUUGGCACUUAAUUAAUUUUAAGUCUAUAAUGUGAUAUUUCCAUCACUAUUUUACUGUUUAAUUAAUUUCAUUUUUUUUUUAUCACGAUAACACUUUCUAUGCUUAUAAGCCGUUUAGAAUAUAUGUUUGUGAGUUAAGAGUUCAAAAA